AUGGCCGGCGUUGAUUAUCUAGCUUUCGAGAGAAACAAAGCACAAUUCGAUGUCGACGAAUUGAAGAUCGUUUGGGCUGGUUCUCGUGAGGAAUUCGAACUUUCCGAUCGGAUUUCUCGCCUCGUUGCUAACGAUCCGGUAUUCCGAAAGGAUGAUAGAGCUAGUCUUGAUAGGAAGGAGUUAUUUAAGAACACUUUGAGAAAAGCAGCUUAUGCAUGGAAAAAGAUUAUUGAGCUCCGUCUUACGGAACAGGAAGCUAAUAAGCUUAGGACCUUUGUGGAUCAGCCUGCUUUUACGGAUCUUCAUUGGGGGAUGUUUGUGCCUGCCCUCAAAGGACAAGGAACUGAUGAGCAGCAGGCGAAGUGGUUGCCUCUAGCUAAUAAGAUGCAAAUAAUUGGUUGCUAUGCCCAAACCGAACUUGGUCAUGGAUCCAAUGUUCAAGGGCUUGAAACAACUGCAACGUUUGAUCCAGAAACAGACGAGUUUGUUAUUCACAGCCCCACGUUGACUUCCAGCAAAUGGUGGCCUGGUGGGUUGGGUAAAAUAUCCACACAUGCUAUUGUUUAUGCCCGUCUUAUUACUGAUGGUCAAGACCAAGGAGUGCAUGGUUUCAUUGUCCAGCUGCGGAGCUUGGAUGAUCACCUGCCUCUUGCAGGCAUAACUGUUGGAGAUAUUGGAAUGAAAUUUGGAAAUGCAGCAUAUAACAGCAUGGAUAACGGAGUUCUAAGUUUUGACCACGUACGAAUUCCAAGGAAUCAAAUGUUAAUGAGGGUUUCACAGGUCACCAGAGAAGGAAAAUAUGUACAAUCCAGUGUUCCAAGACAAUUAAUUUAUGGUACUAUGGUAUAUGUGAGGCAGGCAAUUGUAGCUGACGCCUCGACUGCUUUGUCACGAGCAGUUUGCAUUGCUACUAGAUAUAGUGCUGUUCGAAGACAGUUUGGAUCUCAGAAUGGUGGUCUUGAAACACAGGUGAUUGAUUACAAAACACAGCAGGCUAGACUCUUCCCAUUGCUAGCUUCUGCAUAUGCUUUCAGAUUUGUUAGUGAGUGGCUGAAAUGGCUUUACACGGAUGUGACUCAAAGAUUACAAGCUAAUGAUUUUUCAACAUUGCCUGAAGCCCAUGCAUGCACUGCUGGGUUGAAAUCCUUGACUACUACCGCAACUGCUGAUGGAAUUGAGGAAUGCCGUAAACUAUGUGGCGGUCAUGGUUAUCUUACUAGCAGCGGUCUACCUGAGUUAUUUGCAGUUUAUGUUCCUGCCUGCACAUAUGAAGGGGACAAUACUGUGCUACUUUUACAGGUGGCAAGGCAUCUCGUGAAGACUAUUUCUCAGUUGGGCUCUGGUAAAAAACCUGUUGGUACCACAGCUUAUUUGGCUCGAGUAGAACAAUUGUUGCAAUAUCAAUCUGAUGUUACAAGAGCUGAGGAUUGGUUGAAGCCUAAUGUAGUGAUUGGAGCAUUUGAAGCUAGGGCUGCCAGGAUGAAUGUGGCUGUUGCUCAAAAUCUCAGCAAGUUCACUAAUCCUGAAGAGGGUUUUCAAGAACUCUCGGCUGACUUAGUUGAGGCAGCAGCUGCUCACUGCCAGUUAAUUGUUGUUUCCAAAUUUAUAGAGAAGUUGCAGCAAGAUAUACCUGGAAAAGGAGUAAAACAGCAAUUACAAGCUCUUUGCAGCAUUUAUGCUUUAUUUCUUCUUCAUAAGCAUUUGGGAGAUUUUCUUUCCGCUGGCUGCAUCAAUCAAAAACAAGGAUCACUUGCAAACGAGCUUUUGAGGUCCUUGUAUUCACAGGUUCGUCCUAACGCAAUUGCGCUCGUUGAUGCAUUCAAUCACUCUGAUCACUUGCUUGGUUCAACUCUUGGGCGCUAUGAUGGAAAUGUGUAUCCUAAGUUGUAUGAAGAGGCAUGGAAAGAUCCUUUGAACGAUUCAGUUGUUCCUGAUGGCUUUCAUCAGUAUGUUCAACCAAUUCUUAGGCAACAACUACGUAAUGCCAGACUCUAG